AAUGCACGCACCCCCACUCAUCUUCUCUCCUUUUUAACACUUGAAUCGCCCCCCACCCAAGCAUUAAUUUCCAAUUCCCCUUCAGGCCUUCACCCCCAAUUCUUCCAUUUUCUAGGUCACUCCCAAUUCUCUCUCAAACCAGCAGCAAGCUCUCAUGCUCCAGAAGAUUCCGAGGCCAUGGCGAUUUCCGACGCGGUGCUGGCUAAUCUAACGACUCUCUACCUUGUGGUCAUUGCCGCCAUCAAGGCCUACGGCAUGGCGGCCGGCCGGAGCUUCAGCGGCAGCUGCGUAAUCGUCCUCUCCACCGCCGCCGUCGCUCUGAUCCUCGUCGCCGCCCUCGCCUGGGACGUCUCGCGCAAGGCCACCCGCGCGCUGAUGAUGAGCGGCGCCGCGCCCGAUCGCGGCCACGAUAUGUGCCGCGGCGGCAUCUGCUGGCACGGCGUCGCCGUCAAAUCUCCGGCAUCUCAGGUCCGAUUCCGCCUCCCUCAGCACCAAAACAUGUGAUCAACUGCAGACCUAAAUUAUAUACUCCUACUUCCAAUUUUGGUUUUUGUUUCUUAUUUUAAACAUAUACUCCAUUUUGCAUUUUUUUUUGUAAUUAAAAUGCAGUAAUCCUUUGGCCUUGUGUAAAUUAAAGUGUAGACCAUUUUUGGGGUGGAAUUUUGUGUAUAUAAAUAAUAUAAAUAGUGUUUUACUAA